AUGAAGAUCACUUUUGUCGGAUUAUCUGCUAUUGCUCUCGGUGUACAAGCUGUCAUGGCAGCUAGCAAAUGCAACUGUGAUGCCAGUGACACAACUUGCCUUUCAAAAUGUGUUGAGAAUACCCAAAAUUGUAUCAAAGCUUGCAAUGGAAAUACUUCUUGCUACGAAGACUGUAUUGGAGGUUGGCCCGGUGCCACUGAAGAGACCACUGCUGCCAACACUGCUACUACUGCCACAACCCAUUCAAAAGAAACCACCUCUGCUGCUGCUGCUACUACUACCAGUGCUGCCGCAUCCAGCUCUGAAUCUAAUGUAGCCACUGCUACUACAUCUAGUACUGCUGCCUCAGAGACCAACAUUGUUCUUGGCAGUACCAGCUCAGAUGCAUCCUCCAACACCGUUGCUCCCACAGGCAUUGUUCCUGUAGUAACAAACAGUGCUACUCUCAGUACAGAUGCUUCUGCCAACACCGUUGCCCCCACUGGUGUUGUACCUGUGGUAACUAAUAGUGCUACAAAUGAUGCCCCUGUUUCAUCCGGUGCUUCAGACGCUUUAUCUGCCGUCGCUUCUGCCUCCAAUGCUGUGACCUCUGCUUUGUCUUCUGCUUCUGCUGCUACUGAUAGUGCCACUCAAAGUGUUCCCUCCGUUUUACAGUCCAUCAUUGGUCAAGCUUCAUCAGCUGCCGCUGGCGCUUCUUCAUCUGUAGCUGCUGAUGCCAGCAACUUUGUCUCUGCUAACCCAUCAGCUACUUCUGAGGCAUCGCCCAAUGCCAAUGCCGCUACUGGAGCUGCCAGCGGUGUUAGUGUUGAGACUCAAGCACCAUCCGCUACACCUCAGCCUAAUGCUGCCAAUAGCAAUGUCGUUCCUGCAUUGGGCUUCACUGCUGUCUUUGCUGCAGCACUCUCCCUGUUGGGUUUCUAA